UUUGCGAGCCCCGCUCACGCUACCAACCCCAUUCUUAUUCCUAUUCUCAUCUCGUGUCUUCUCUUCUGUUUCUGUUUCUCCCAAAAAAUGGAAGGAGUGAAAUUGGAUAAAUGGGGUUAUGAAGUUAAAACCUCUUCCGAUUCUUGCAUAUCUGUAAUCAACGCUUACUACCAUCAGGUGCUUUGUUAUGGGAGAGAUAGGAGAGUGAUCUUAGAAGCGCCUGUUCAUGACAAAGACUGCGUUUUAGCCAACAUUUUGGCCGCCCAUUUUCUCUGUUCCUCUGACCCUUCUAAGGCUCCUUCAUAUAUAGAAGCUGCCAAGUCUAGACUUGAGCAAGCCACCUCUUAUGAGAAAGCCAUUUUUGAUGCUGUCAAUUAUUUGAUUUCUGAUAAUAGAGAUGAUGAUCUUGCCGUGGAGUUACACUCUAAGCUCUUGAGAGAUUUUCCAAGAGAUCUUCUUUCAUUGAAGAGAGCACAAGUACUGUGCUUUUAUAUGGGUCGACCUGAUCUGUCUUUAGAUCUUGUCCAACAGGUUCUACCUCAAAAUCAACAAGAAAAUUAUAUUUAUGGCAUGCUUGCAUUCCCACUAUUAGAGCUUGGACGAAUGGCUGAUGCGGAGAAUGCCGCAAAAAAGGGAUAUGUGAUCAACAGGCAAGACUUUUGGGCACAACAUGCUUUGUGCCAUGUUCUUCAGUACCAAUCUCACUACAAAGAAGCAGUGCAGUUCAUGGAAGAAUGCUCAUCUUCAUGGAGUUCUUGUUCAUCUUUCAUGUUAACCCACAAUUGGUGGCAUGUGGCUCUUUGUUAUUUGGAAGGUCAUUCUCCAAUUAUAAAGGUCAGAGAAGUUUACGACCAUUGUAUAUGGAAGGAGUUAGAAAAAACUGAUGCAGUGUGUGUAGAGGUGUACUUAAAUGCUUUGGGUCUGUUGUUGCGGGUGUAUGUACGGGGAGAACUAGAUGCCUUUGAGGACCGCUUGAAAAUUUUGGCAGCAUGUCUAACAGAUGAAGCUAACUGGUUUAUAGAGUGGCACCUUGAUUUGUUGAUAUUAUGGGCCUUAUCUUUUACCGGCGAACUUUCUAAAGCAGAAGAUCUACUAAAGGGCUUGAAAUUCAGGCUAUCCAUGAUGAGCAAGAAGAAGCAACAAGUAAUGCAAAGAGCAAUGCUGCUUGCGGAAGCCAUGUAUGAGUAUGGACGAGGUAAUGAAAAACAAGCACUAGAAAUACUUGAUCCAGAUUUCGAUGCUUAUAAAUGCAAGAUAAUCGGGGCAUCUGAUGAACAGCUUGAUGUAUUUAAUGAAGUCUGGUACAGUAUGUUGCUGAAUACUGGACAAGUUACCAAAGCAAUUGAAUCAAUUGAGAAACAGAUCCAGAAGAGGGAAGGAGCUCCUUUCCUUUGGCGUCUGCUGGAGAAAGGUUAUAAGCUGAGUGGCAGGCAGGAAGCUGCAACUAUUGGUGAGAAGGCCAGAGUACUAGAAGCUGCAUAUUUCAACUAGCCUGUCUGAGUGCACUAGCUCUAUAUAUAAAAUAAUAAUUCCUGUGCUGUAGUUUUAAUUAAGAGGUUGAAUUUUCUGAUACAAAGAAACUAGAAUGUAACCUCUCCUGUAGAUUACUUAUUUCCAUCAUCUGAUAUAAAUGGAUGCACCUUAAAUUAGUGCAUGUUGAAUAAA